UAAAAUUCACGUGUGACUAACGUGAAACCUCCCCUUGAAGUAACGCAGUUGUAAGAUCUUGAUCGUUGAUCUUUAGCAACAGUAAUUAGUAACCGGAGAGGUCCAAAUCGGAAUCCGUCGUCGUAAUUCAAACCGAAACUCAUAAAUCGCAAUCAACAACACGAAAUGCAGGUUCAUGCAGUGAACUGAAAAAUCCAAAUCUAAUCAAAAUCGAAUAAUCAAUGAAGUGCAAAUCCGUUGCGUGCAUAUGGUCAGGCACACUCUUCCCUUCCGCUCACAAAGUUACCGCCGUCGCCGCUUUCACCCAACCACCGUCUCCCGCCUUUUACACCGCCGGAUCCGAUGGCUCCAUCAUCUGGUGGUCCCUUUCCACUUCCUCUCCGGAAGUUAAAGCGGUUGGAGUGUUGUGUGGUCAUGCAUCACCUGUCACUGAUCUCGCUCUUUGUAGUCCAAUUGCAGCUGAAGAAAACGAUACGGUUUCAAGUAGAAAUAAUUUCAGUGCUUUGAUUAGUGCUUGUUCCGAUGGUUUCUUGUGUGUGUGGAGUAAAAGUAGUGGACAUUGUCGUUGCAGAAGGAAAUUGCCACCUUGGGUUGGUACUCCUCUUGUAAUUCGAACAUUGCCUUCGACUCCAAGAUAUGUAUGUAUAGCUUGUUCUUUUGUGGAUAAUUAUUCUGUUAAUGAUGAGUUAGGAGAUAGAGAAAAUCAUCAUAGGAAUAACUCUAAAUCUACUAUCCUUAUUGUGGAUACGUAUUUGCUUUCCAUUACUCAAACUGUUUUUCAUGGAAAUUUAUCCAUUGGUUCUAUCAAGUUUAUGUCACUAGUUUUUUCUGACGAUGAUGAGAAGAGGAAUUCAGUGUUUGUGGCCGAUUCUUAUGGGAAACAACAGAUGGUUCAAAUAUCGGAUGAGUCUCGUAAUUGUGUGGAAAAUUUGGUGAGUCCGCACAGUGACAAGUUUCCAUUGGGAAGUUCUUUUCCUGUGGAGGGAUUCAGCGGUGUGGAUGAAGUUAUUUCAGUUUUGACGUUCGGGAACAUUGUUGCUUUUAUAUUGAAAGAUAGAUGUAUUUUUAGGCCAUUGUCUAGCGAUAUCACGAUUGGAGAGGUUUCUUUUGUGAACAACCUCUUCUUUUCGGAUGAGAAUUCCAGUGAAGCUCAUGCUAUUGGUGGCGUUGUUCUUGAAAGUGAUGAUAUGGGGAAUUCGCCUGAUACAUAUGAAUGCAGCAACUUCAUUCCAGUAUAUUUUGUUGUGUGGAAUAAUAGAGGUUAUGCAAUUACCUAUGAAGUAUCGUAUCAGAAUGAUGUUUUUCAGUGUGAACCGUAUUCUGAGAUUCCUGGUGGUCAUUAUCAAUCUGAUAUAAGAUUAUCCAUUUUUUUCCAACAAGUAAAUCAAAAUCUCGUGUGUAUCAAGUCAGUUUGCUUUCAUCAUGAGGAACCUUUACUAUGGAGACCACAUAUCACAAUUUGGUCGCUGCAUCAAUUUGAUGAUAAACCCGGAAAAUUGUGCCGUCAGUGCAGAAUGAUUAAUGAUGGUGUAUCUUCCACCAACUGGUUUGAGACGUCUACUCAACUCAAUAGUCAUGAUGACCUAGAGACUAAAUCAACCUUUGGUGGUGCAAGUCCAGGUUCUGAAGACAUAGGCAACAUGCAUAAGGAUAGCAUAUGUAGUUAUUAUCCUUACAAGGGGAAGAUAGUUUCUUCUUCCAUGAUUGUUGCUGAAAACCUUUUUACACCUUAUGCCAUCGUAUAUGGAUAUUUUAGUGGCGAAAUAGAGGUCGUAAGAUUUGAUCAGUUUCAAGGGAUUUUCCUAGACGAUGCAAGUUCUAAUCAUGAUGAAAAGUCAACUGCCCGCAAACAGAUUUUCUCAGGACAUACAGGUUCUGUACUUUGUUUGGCAGCACAUCAAAUGAUGUGUAGUGCAGAAAGCUCCACCUUUAAACGGGUUUUGGUGUCUGGCAGUAUGGAUUGCACAGUUCGUAUAUGGGAUCUUGACACUGGCAGUCUUAUUAAGGUAAUGCAUCAUCAUGUCGCCGCUGUGCGUCAAAUUAUUCUUCCCCCAUCAAUGACAGCACAUCCUUGGAGUGACUGCUUUCUUUCAGUGGGAGAGGAUGCAUGUGUUGCCCUUGUUUCUCUUGAGACUCUGCAGGUGGAAAGAAUGCUUCCUGGACACAUGAACUAUCCCUCAAAAGUUUUAUGGGAUGGUGCAAGAGGUUAUAUUGCCUGUCUCUGUCAAUCACAUUAUGGAACUUCCGAUAGGGAUGUAUUAUACAUUUGGGAUGUAAAGACAGGUUCUCGUGAGCGACUACUACGUGGGACAACUGCACAUUCAAUGUUUGAUCAUUUUUGUAAGAAUAUCAGUCUGAAUUCUAUACCUGGCUCUGUGCUGAAUGGAAAUACGUCAGUCUCUUCAUUACUUCUUCCAAUAGUUGAUGAUGCAAGGUUCCCUAACUCACCCUUAAGUCAUACAGAGAACUUGCUUACUUCAUCAAAGUCAUCACCAAAUAUUUCAAGUAUGAAUGAGCUGAAUUCUUUAAAACCAAAUGUAGGUAAAGGAAGUUCAGCAAAGCCAAAUUCAUCUUUGUUUGGUCUUUUGAGAAACAACCUUCCUAUCAAAUGCUCUUGCCCGUUCCCUGGUAUUGUGUCUCUGAGUUUUGAUCUUGCAUCAUUGAUGUUCUCUUUUCAAAAGAAUGAGUCCAAGAAGACUGGUGAUGGCAAGCCAGUGAAUAUCAAUUUCAAGCAGAAGGGUGUUCAGGAGCAAAUUCCAAGCUCCCAUAAUCCAGAAACAUCAGAAGGGUGUGAUUGGGUUAGCCUUUUUGAAGAAUAUUUACUGCGAUACAGUUUGUCAUUUUUACAUUUGUGGAACGUAGACAGUGUGCUUGAUAAUUUGCUGAUAAGUGAUAUGAAACUAAGGAGACCAGAAAAUUUUAUGAUAGCUUCGGGCCUGCAGGGAGAUAAAGGGUCAUUGACAUUGUCAUUUCCUGGUCAGAGUGCUACUCUUGAGCUGUGGAAAUCCUCAUCUGAGUUUUCUGCAAUGAGAUCGUUGACAAUGGUAUCCCUUGCUCAGCGUUUGAUUAGCUUGUCUCACUCAAGUUCAGCUGCCAGCAGUGCAUUAGCAGCAUUCUAUACCCGAAAUUUCAUGGAAAAUUUUCCAGAUAUGAAGCCACCUUCGCUACAGCUCUUGGUGGCUUUUUGGCAAGAUGAAAGUGAACAUGUACGUAUGGCUGCACGCUCUAUAUUUCACUGUGCUGCCUCUCAUGCUAUUCCUUUACCUCUAUGCAAUUCAAAAUCCAAUGAGUCAAAUAAUACAAUCUCCCGAACUGGAAGUAGAGACAAACGCCAGGGAGAUGCGAUAGUAGAAAGCAUAUCACCUAAUGCCAAAAAGCAAGGAAUUUCCCAAGAAGAGGAAUCCAAGAUACUUAAUUGGCUAGAAUCUUAUGAAGUGCAAGAUUGGAUUUCUUGUGUUGGGGGAACAAGUCAAGAUGCAAUGACAUCUCACAUUAUUGUUGCCGCUGCACUGGCUAUCUGGUAUCCUAGUCUUGUAAAACCUAGGCUUUCCAUGUUAGUUGUUCAUCCAUUAAUGAAGUUGGCUAUGGCCAUGAAUGAGAAGUACAGCUCCACUGCUGCUGAGCUCCUUGCAGAGGGCAUGGAGAGCACGUGGAAAGAAUGCAUGGUCUCUGAGAUUCCCCGUCUAAUUGGGGACAUUUUUUUCCAAGUAGAGUUGAGUGGUCCAUCUUCCAAGUCAGCGACAGAAACUCCAGCUGCAUCUUUUUCUAUUAAACAGACUUUGGUGGAGAUUCUCCUUCCAAGUGUAGCAAUGGCUGAUAUACCAGGAUUUUUGGCAGUGAUUGAAAGCCAAAUUUGGUCAACUGCAUCUGAUUCACCUGUCCACUUGGUAUCCUUGUUGACUCUCAUAAGGAUUACGCGUGGUUCUCCAAGAUAUUUGGCUCAGUACCUUGACAAGGUUGUCAACUUCAUUUUACAGACUAUAGAUCCUAGCAACUCAGUUAUGAGGAAGGCGUGCUUCCAGAGUUCAAUGACAACUUUCAAAGAAGUUGUACGCGUAUAUCCUAUGGUUGCUGUCAAUGAGUCUUGGACCAGACUUGCAGUUGGAGAUGUGAUUGGAGAAGUUAACAAUGCAAGCAUUAGGGUUUAUGAUAUGCAAAGUGUGACAAUGAUAAAGGUUUUGGAUGCAAGUGGGCCUCCUGGACUUCCAAGUUUGCUCACAGCAACGGCUUCGGGAACAGUGUUAACUACUGCAAUCUCAGCGCUAAGCUUUUCACCGGAUGGAGAGACCGGUAGUUGAAAAUUGGCCAAAACACCAACUGCAACUGAUGUGGCCCUCCAAGUAGAAGCUCAUGAUCCUCUUCUUUCUCACAAUUAAGAUGGUGACCUAGUCGGUGCCGGUUUAGCAAAAACAAGAGAAAACAAAUGAGUUGAGGUUUUAGGCAAACAUAUAUGUUUUCUCUUGAUUUUAUCAAACUGACAUCAAUCAAGUCAAUCAGACAUUACAACAAGGUAGACCAUGAGCUUCUACUUCCAAGAACAAUCGUAAGUCAUCGCUAGAGUUUCGUUUCAGACGAUUUUCAAGCAUUGGUCAUCCAUGGACCACCCGUAAAACAUGCAAUUACCUAACCAAAUAAUUACGUAUAAAAAUUUCGUCUAUUCAGAAUCUUUACGUCAACUAUGUACUCUGCUCUAUCUGUGUUACUGGCUUCAGACUAUACGUUACUGAUUACCGUACUGUUCCUGACAACGAUAACGUGAGAAAAAAAUAGUUUUUAGAUAUACUUGAACAACUAAUAGCAUUAGGAAAGUAAUAGGGGAAUCCUCACCAGCUCGCAAGUACAACAUACUUCCUCAAUCCUGAUAGCCUUGGGAGUUGGGAAUGCUAGCCAUUCAUGUUCACUAUAUUUUGUGCAAUUUGACUUGAGCUUUCCAUAUUGGCUCAUCAUGUUUGAUUGGAACAAUUUAAACCAGAUGAAAAGCUUGAUUUCGUAUACCAAAUUUCCCCCCAAAUCUUUGUGUGCUACCCCUUUUAUUUUUUAAUUUUUCCAGAACUAUCAUGUGAAUCAGAUGCACUCUUCUCUCCUGUAUUGUACACUCCUUUCUCUAUAAUAUCAUUUUGUAAAGAAAUUAGUUCAGUGUGUUGUUUGGAAAAAUCGAUUAUCUCCCUUAGCACGGUACUGUUUUUCCAUUUCCAUUUGAAGUUUUGGUUAUAGGUUUGAUUUAUUACUGCAACUCAUAAUAAUUGCAAUCAACUGAACUCCCUAUCAUAACAGUUCUGUGAUAUCCCUAUAUAUUCUAAGUAUUUUGUUUCUCUUUACUGUUAAAUUAUUUGCCCUAGGAUUGAUGCUUCCCUGUUCCCACAAGUAUCUCAAACUGAUAAUUGAUCCCCUCCU